AUGCCAUCUAACAAAGAUCGCCUGCAUGUUGCUCUCUACGCACGUGGGGGAAAAGCUACCAUGCCAGGCAAGGAGGACACAUACCACUGGGCCCUGAUCGUGGGACCAAAAAUUGAAGCAAAGGGUGGUACGGGGGUCCGUUACCAUGCAAAGGAGAGGAUAGAUCUGGGAGGGAACUCUACAUGGCUCUUCGAGGAGCGCCAAUGUCGACUUGCCCCUACUAGCAUGCUCCUUGUUCGUAUCACGGUCGGGAAGGUAGAGGAUGGAAAUCGCCUAGUCAAAAUUCUGCGGGACACGCCUAUUCGGCAAGGCCAACUAGGUUGGAACUGUGUUUCCUGGGUAAAGGAGGCUUUGGAAACGCUUGGGGUCGAUCCUAAGGCUUUAGGCACGAGUGUCACUGAGUGGGAAAAAGUGCGCAGCGGGGCGAUGGAUUAUUGUCAGCGGAAGAAAGAUCAGCAUCGUUUUGAUGGCCAAGGCAACUUUGAUAUGGAAGUUGCUCCAACAUAUGACUUGAUAGAGCAGAAGGAGACCAUUGUAUGA